ACUACAAACCAAGAUAGGUGGCCUGAUUGCGUGACAUCACCUGUCCUGGCCGCACACAAUGGGCAUUUUAUGAAUGAAAUUUCUUUCUCACACUUUAUGACUCAUCGAAGGUCAUGCGGAAUCUCUCUCUGUUUUACAUUGGAUUUCUUUUGUUGCACAAUGGCACGUGUGAAGGAUUUUUGCUGUGUUCCAUGACGUCACUUUAUCCAUUGUUUUGCUCACUACAUUGUAACCAUGGAUACGUCAAAGACAGUUCCGGUUGCACUGUAUGUAAAUGCGCGGAUCCCACCGGAGCACCUCAGGCUCAGAAUUCCCACGUGAAUCCCUUGUCGACCUCCAGCUACACACGUCCGUGUAUGCCACAACAACAGUUCUGUUCCCUGAAGUGUCCGGAAGGAUUUACGACUGGAAAGGGAGGAUGUCAAUUCUGUAUCUGCUACCAAAGCAAUGUUACUGAUUCUACAACAACACAAACAUCGGUCUCUACGCCUCCUAGCGGAAUAAAAGUUCACAUGCCUAAUCCCUGCAUUCAAAACCAGACGAUAUGUGAUAGGUACUGCGCGGAGGGAUACCUGCUGGGUCCUGACGGGUGUCAGUACUGCCUGUGUAGAAGUCUCAUUCCGGGCCUCGUCUAUACCAAAGCACCCAUCACCACCCCAUCUACAGAAACGACUACGCUGGCGUAUUACCUACCAAAUCCCUGUCAGACCGGAAAGCACGUGUGUGUUGCCCAUUGUCAGUAUGGUUACAUCCUGGGGCCCGGCGAUUGUCAGUACUGCAUGUGUGCCGCUAAAACCACCACCUCUUCUCUCACUAUUCCGGAUGUCAAUCCCGCAGGAAGUGACGUAAUGGCAUCUACAACCCCAUAUCCUUCCGGUCACAUGGACAAUGAGUGCGCCAUUGCUUUUACUAUCUGUCAAAUCAGGUGUAAACAUGGCUUCCUGGCCGAUACAGUUGACUGUCGACGCUGUGUGUGCAAGGAUGAGAUUUACAAAUCCGCCGGCAUCAGUGAGGCGGACGAACCGGACAUUAAACUGAUGAAUCCAUGUGUGCAGGGACUGGAUGUUUGUAACGUGUUCUGUUACCAUGGCUACUUACGCGGCCCACGUGACUGUCAAUACUGCGCGUGCCAAUUCGUGUAAAGAAAAACGUGUAUAAUAAAGAAUUUCGAUAUAUUCUUA